AUGUAUGGACUUGGCAACUGUAUUAACCUGAUACGGCAGCGUAACGGAGCUCCUAUAAGAAAAUUUGAACUCACAAUCUUUCCACCAUUGCUAUGUGACUGGUUUCAGUUGCAAAUUGACUCCUUGAUAUCUUCUGUACUGUUGUGUAAUGUUCAAGAACUUGAAAUUCUUCUGUAUGAAAAUGAUGUUGAAGGAUCAAAUUUUUUGGGAAUAUUUACAUGCAAAACACUAGUUGUUCUGAAAAUGGAUAGACGAGUUGUUUUGGAUAUAUCCAAUUCGGUUGCUUUACCAAAUCUGAAAUUGCUGCACUUGGAACGUUUUUCAAUGGUAGGCAAAGAUUCUCUUGAUAUGCUUAUUCAGGGUUGCCCUUUGCUUGAAGAGCUACAUUUAGAUAUAGUGGAAUCUCCGACCAAUCUGAGUCAUGAAUUAGCUAUCUUGGGAAUAUUUAGAUAUAAAACACUAGUUUCUUUGAGAUUAAGCUGGAAAAUUAGUCUGUAUUUAUGCAACUCAGCUAUUUUACCAAAUCUGAAGGUGUUGAACUUGACAGAUUUUUCAUUGGUAUCUAAAGAUUCCUUUCAGAGACUUAUUCAAGGGUGCCCUUUGCUUGAAGAACUAUACUUAUAUGGCUUCGAUUGCUCGAACCAUGCAAAUGAUGUGCUUCAUAUUUCUAGUCGUUCACUUAAAAAGCUUUUGUUGUAUUGUUAUCUGAGAGAUGGAUACACUAUUGUUAUGGAGUUGACUAGUCUCCAGCGGUUAUUCUACCAAGCUAAGGGUGAGCAUAAGGUCUUAAUAAAUUCCCCAAACCUUCAGGUUCUAGACUAUGUUAGUGAUGCUGUUACAGUAAACUUUACGAAGAGCCCAACGUAUGCUACUAGAGCUAGAUUAGUAGUUCAGUCAAGCUACGACGAUCAAACUGAAAUCAGCUCCUUACAUGUUCAAGCAGCUUAUCAGCUUAUAAGUUCUAUGCAGAGUGUGAAAUGGCUUUCUUUAUCUGAUUGCACGUUAGAGGCACUUUGUUAUUCCCCACAUCCAUUACCUACUUUCAUGAAUUUGACCAAUUUGCGUCUUGGAUUCAAUGAGUGCUCACUUGGUCCUGGUGCUUACCAUAUCUACUGGUGGAAUGUGUUGCCAAGAUUGCUUAAAAAUGCCCCUAAUCUUGAGGUGUUUUGGAACAACGUGGAACAAGACAAGGAGUUUCAGAGUCUUCUGCCAGUAGCUUUUCCAGUAUCCUUCGUUGAACAUCUCAAGGAAAUGGAGAUCAAAGCAUUCUCAAUGCUUCAACACAAUAGCCUUUUGGUUGAGUACUUUUUGCAGAAACGAAGAUCUUUAAGAAAAAUGGCUCUUGGUGCAUUGAUGUUGCCUUCAGACCGCAACAGAAUAUCAUUUAACAAAUGCUCGGUGGACUGUCAGAUUGUAUUCCAACAAUUGUAUCAUUACCCUGAACCUGAAUUUGAAUAA